AUGAUAAAUUUAAAACGAACAGGACCAGGCUCUAAUGGGUUUCCUUACUGGUUAUGGAAAGACUUUGCCUACUAUCUUGCUCCAGUACUCACUCGAAUAUUGAAUUCUUCAUUGGAACAGCAGUGUGUCCCUACCCUCUGGAAAUUAGCCAACCUUGCCCCGAUUCCAAAAGAACUGCCUUUGUCUAAUUGUGAUCAGUUAAGACCUAUCUCAUUGACAAAUAUAAUAAUGAGACUUUUUGAAAAAUUUGUUUUUAAACAAGAAAUUAGUAUGCAGUCGAAUUUUAUUAUUGGAAAGGAUCAAUUCGCAUAUAAGACAGGCUCAAACACUACAACUGCCCUCAUUAAAUGUCAACACCAGUGGCUUAAAUGGUUGGACGAUGAAGAAGUUGAUUCUGUAAGAGUAAUUUUCUUCGAUUUUAGCAAGGCUUUUGACACUGUUCCCCACGAUAUUCUGUGCGAAAAGCUAAAGCAGACAAAUCUUAAUCCUUAUGUUAUUAACUGGAUCUUAGACUUUUUAACAAAUCGAGAGCAGCGAGUCAUGGUAGAUGGAAUUGUGACAGAUUUUCUAGAUAUCAACAGAGGAGUACCACAAGGAACUGUCAUUGGCCCUUUCUUAUUCUCACUCAUGGUCAAUGAUAUUAAUCUCGAAGAUCCUGAGAGUAAUCUUUUGAUUAACUUUGCGGACGACUUGACUGUGAAAACUACUGGAGAUUCAGCAGCUAGCGAAGUAAGGAACAUUAAAGAAUGGGCGAGUGAUAAUAUGAUGACUCUUAAUAUGUCUAAAACUUGGGAAAUGGUUGUUCGUGGCAGAACAACGAAGCCAUUACCGCUCCAAUUGGAUGGUAUUGAGUGCAAAAACUGGUUGAAACUUCUCGGAAUGGCUUUUCAGGACGAUCCUUGCUGUUGGGAUUUACAAGUCGACACCUUCCUACCGAAGGCUGCUAGCCGUAUGCACAUCCUUAGAGUUUGCAGAUCCUAUGGUUAUACAAAGGAAAACUUAAACCUACAGUAUUGUUUGAAACUCUUCAAUUCUAUCGUUGUUCCACUACAGAAUUGAAGUUUGGGGAUCCGCACUACAGAAUAAAUAUCUACAACGAAUUGAUAAAUUCCUCAGGACAAGCUUAUCGAUUUGGAUAUACCUUGAAAGAGUAUAAAAUAUCGCAACUGGCUGAGGAGAAGGACAAGGCCUUAUUUGCAAAAAUUGUGAAAGAUCCGGAUCAAGCCUUACAUAACCUACUCCCAGAAAGGAGAUCCAGAACUUUAAGAGAAAGAAAACACUCUUUUAUUCUACCAAUGAUCAAAACUGAACGUUUUAAACACUCAUUUUUAAAUAGAUGCUUAUUUGACUAUUUUUAA